CGCAUUAAGCUGCUCUUCAUUGCUCCUCCUCUCCGACAUCCCUCCAUCUCUCUCUAUCUCUCUCUCUUUCUCUCUCGCUCUCUCACUCUUUCUCUUUUCUGCUCCACACUCACUUACUGAGAGUGACAUCUGAACAGACAGUCCCUCUGACAUCCAGCUCUCCGGACGCUGAUUCAUUUCACCACACAUCAGCUCUGGGUGCAAACUCAGAAGGGGUGUUUGGGAAAUUGAAAGGCGUCCUAAAAGGGCCAAAAAGGAUUCCAUCAUCAAACAGAGCUCCAAGAAUGGGAAAAUCAGAGAGCCAAAUGGACAUCAUGGAGAAAACCACCAAACCCAGAAAGCACCGGUGGACCGUCAUGGAGAUUGGAUUGUCCAUCAUUGUGCUUCUGAUGAGCUGCGCGCUGGCUGGACUUAUAGUGCUCUACACUUCAGCACUGAGAGACCGUUUUAUCAGAAAUGGAUCUUCAAAAGGGCUUGAAUAUCGAUCAAACACUGACAGUAACGUUUGUACAACGCCAGAGUGCGUCACUGCUGCGGCCCGACUGCUCCAGAACAUGGACCCCAGUGUGGAACCAUGCCAGAACUUCUAUCAGUACGCCUGUGGAGGCUGGAUCGAGCGUCACGUCAUUCCCGAGACGAGCUCACUUCACAGCGUCUUUAAUAUCCUGAGAGACGAGCUGGAGAUUGUACUCAAGGGAGUUCUUGAGAUGGAGAAUGAGAAAGACCGAGAAGCCUUUAAGAAAGCUAAAACCCUUUACAACUCCUGCAUGAAUGAAAUUUUGAUCGAGCAGCGGGACUCUCAGCCUCUCCUCGGGCUCAUCGACAGCAUCGGCGACUGGCCCGUGGCCUCUGAGGUCUGGAACGGCACAUCAGAGGAAUCCUGGAGUUUAGAGGACACAUUGGCUGUCCUGAAUGCACGGUACAACAAGAAAGCAGUGCUGGAGAUGUUCGUCUGGCCGGACGAUCGUGACUCCAGUCAACAUAUUAUUCAUGUUGACCAGCCGGUUUUAGGAAUGCCAUCAAGAGAUUAUUACCUCAGCGAUGGGAAUUAUAAGAAGGUGCGCAAGGCCUACCUGGAGUUCAUGGUUUCCAUGGCGAGGAUAGCACGAGAAGACCGGAACCUGACCCAGGAUGAAGAGCAUGUGUGGGAGGACAUGACUCAAGUGUUGGAGCUUGAGACAGACAUUGCUAAUGCUUCCUCACCGGCAGAAGAACGCAAUGACAUCACUGUGCUAUACAACAAAAUGACGCUUGUAGAGCUGCAGCAAACCUUCAAUCUCAAUGGGUUUAACUGGACGCGCUACAUUCAAGGCAUCAUGUCCAGCGUUUCCAUCACGGUGCACCCAGAGGAAGCCAUUGUUGUGUACUGCUCACCUUACCUGGAGAAACUCACCGAUGUUCUGUCUAAAUACAGCCACAGGACUCUACAGAACUAUCUGGGCUGGACGCUCCUAAUGGACCGAGUCAGCAGCCUCAGUCGACGCUUCAAAGAUGUCAGGGCGCAUUACAGAAAGGCUUUGCAUGGCACGACGGUAGAAGAGGCGAGGUGGAGAGAUUGUGUCCGAUAUGUUCAGGGUAACAUGGAGAACGCCGUGGGCGCCCUUUAUGUCCGGGAAACCUUCUCUGGAAACAGUAAACGUAUGGUGGGAGAUCUGAUCAAAAAGAUCCAAGAAGCUUAUGUGGAGACCCUGGAAGAGUUGAGCUGGAUGGAUGAGCAGUCCAAAGAAAAGGCCAGACAGAAGGCAAUGGCUGUAUCAGAACAGAUCGGUUAUCCGGACCACAUCCUGGAGGAGGAAAACGAGAAGCUGGACGAGGAAUAUACACACUUGAAUUUCAGUCAGGAGAACUACUUUGAGAAUAUUCUGGAGAACUUGGCAGCAUCCGCUCAGAAAGGUCACAAGAAGCUGAGAGAGGCAAUGGAUCCCCACAUGUGGAUUAUUGGUGCUGCGGUGGUCAACGCUUUCUAUUCGCACAACAGAAACCAGAUUGUCUUUCCCGCUGGCAUCUUACAGCCGCCGUUCUUCAGCGAGAAACAACUUCAGGCUCUGAACUUUGGAGGAAUUGGGAUGGUUAUAGGGCACGAAAUAACUCACGGAUUUGAUGACCACGGCCGGAACUUUGAUAAAGACGGGAAUAUGAAUAACUGGUGGAGUAACUAUUCUGCCGAACACUUUGAAGAUCAAUCUAAAUGCAUGGUGGAACAGUAUGGAAAAUUCAACUGGAAACUCGCAGGAGGCCAGAAUGUCAGUGGCAUCACAACAUUAGGAGAGAAUAUUGCAGACAACGGUGGAGUUCGCCAAGCCUAUAAGGCAUAUAUAAAGUGGAUGGAGAGGGAGGGCGAGGAGCCCCGUCUUCCCGGAUUGGACAUGGAUCAUAAACAGCUCUUCUUUCUAAACUUUGCCCAGGUCUGGUGUGGCGCUUGCCGUCCUGAAUACGCCAUACAGUCUAUAAAGACAGAUCCACACAGCCCUUUGGAGUACAGGGUCCUCGGAUCCCUCCAGAACUUUGAAGCGUUCUCCGAGGCCUUCCAUUGUGAACAAGGAACCCCCAUGAACCCAAAAGAGAAAUGUCGAGUGUGGUAACCGUUAAUAUCCCGAGUCUGUGUAUAUUCCACCAACACGGCAGCUGUUGUGGUGUUAUUCCACAGUGGCACCUGCCUGUCGGUCUGAUGUGUGUUAGACGCCAACAUACGUGACUACAUAGAUGUUUACUGUGAACUUUCAAAAGCACACGCAUAACCAACAGAUGUGCAGAUGUAGUGAAGGGUGUUGUUUUUAGGCAUGCUUUCUCACCAAACGUUGACGAGACGCUUGACUUUUAGAUUUCAUCUUGUGUGCCUGUUUGCAGGCUUCUCACGCAUUAUUAAUAAUGACAUUAAAUGAUGCCAAACGGUUUUAUUGUGCCGAGGUUUACUGACAUGGAGCAAAAACCUUUUUCAGAUUAUGUUAACAGAUAAAUCCCUCGGCUGGCAUUCGUUUGUCGCCUCUCCGCAGAGAUUUCAAGAUGAGGCUCGGAAGCCCACGUACAUUGUGUCUUGGCAUCUUUCCUUUCUCAAUAGACAUCCUUGAGAUGUUAUAUAUGUAUAUAUUUGGUUUAAAGCAUGGAGCGGUGAGAAACAGAGUCUUAUUGAUUGCAGUUUUCCUACUUUUGCUAAUGCAUGUGCUGACCCUCUAUUUUUAUUUGGUUAAGUAUGAGGCCUUAACGUCACGUGCAUCUGUAACUAUUACCUGACAACUUUAAGACUGUUAAAAAAAGGCUUCGAGCUUCAUGUUUUUGUCCUUAAAUAGAUUAGAUUAUCGAUGCCUGGCUUUGUGACACAGACUCUUGUACGCCAGCAGAUAAUGGCAGGAAGACGCCGCAAUUCAGAAACAAAAUAACAGGUUGCAGUCUAUUGUCUUAUUGUUUGACAAGACUUUUUGUGCUUUAACAAGCGGGUUAAAGAUCUUGAAACAGAUGCGCCUGGUCACUUGUUUUCCGUUUCAAAGAUGUCACUGCAGUGUGCGCUUUGAAAUUGUUUGCAUAGGCCUGUUUUUAUUGUGUUAGUUGGCUGU